AUGUUGGAUGUAGAAACUGUUUGGAAUGAUCGUGUAUUGAUGAUGAGACAAGUAAAUCAAGAGAAUUUAACAAAAUGGUCAAAUAUAACAAAGAAUUCAAUGAAAUCUGAUAUAGAUAUAAAUCAAAUUUAUGCUAAUUCUACUUGUACUCCAUCAACAUCAUCAUCAUCGCUAUCAUCGAUAUUAUCGUCACCAAUAGUAACAACAAUAACAACAGCGGCGACGAUGACAAUGAUAAAUAGUAAUAAUAAUAAAAUCAGUAAUUCGUGUAUUUCUUUAUCUGAAAACAAUCAGAUUACUGAAAAUAAUAAUCCUCACAGUGAUGACACAACAAUAAUGCCAAUAAACAAAUCAAUUCACCAACUCAUUCAAUCAGUCCAAUAA